AUGAACCAGCCGGUGCAGAAGAACACCAUCUACGUAGUCCUGGGUGCUAGUGCCCAUGGAUCUCAUUAUCGGACGUUCGUGCCGUUCGGGGAGGUCAAGGACGUCAAGACGCCGCUCGACCAGGCCAUGCAGAAGCACCUCUCCUUCGGGUUCGUCACGUUCCUGGAGCGCGAGGACGCCGCCACCGUCAUGGACAACAUGGAGGGCGCCGAGCUCUUCGGCCGCGUCCUCACCGAGAACUACACCUUCCCCGAGAAAAUCAAUGGAGGGGAGCAGGGAUGGGCCGCGCAGCCAAGUAUGUCAGGCGUCCUGUGCUUCUCAUCUGUUCAACUACGUUAUGACCUGCUUUCGUGCUUGCCUGCCUGGUUGCUUCACAGCAGGAUUUGGGCUGCCAAAUGUUUUUCUUACCUGGUAUGAAGUUGGAAGACUAAAGCCUAGAGAUUGAUAUGGUGUUAAUGUCCGUAAUUAUGCUUUUGUAUCGUGGUUUGUUUUUAUGUUCUCAUUAUAAGGUUUUCUCCAGUUCAAAUUGGUAGAAAAA